CUUGUAUACAUAUUACCGAUGAGGACCGAGAUCAUUUUCUCCGUAGAUCAGGCUCACAAGUCCAGCACAAGAUUGCUUCUAUUUUUCGUAUACAUAUAUACAUCCGUGUACAACAUAAAACAUAUACGAGUACCCAAUAUAAUAUACGUACGAUGUUAUCAUAUCAUGUUAUGGGAAAGCAAAAGAAACAACAGUACAAUUUACUUGGUAAUAAUUCGGUAAAGAUACGGCGCGUUGAUGAAGCAUUUGAACCGUACCGACAGGCUUUCAUCCAUGGCGAUAUACAGCAACAGAGUUAUAUAAUCAACGAGUUUGUGUCGAGUUUAGUAGCAGCCGAGUAUGCCAAAUUAGUCGAAGAACGGGGGUAUUGUAUGGAGAAAUGCUUACCAAUCGAAGAGAUAUUUACAUGCAAGUUGUGUCGAGAGCUAUUGCAUGUUCCUGUCACGUUAGUAUGCGGGCAUACAUUUUGUUUGGAAUGUUUAGGAAACUAUGAGCGCGAAGGUCGGACAAUGUGCCCAGGUUGUGGACAAGAGUCAAAUCUUCACUACACAUCAAACAUCGUUGUACGAGAACUAUCGCGAAUAUGGCUCCCCGAGAAAACCUACAUACGAAAUUGUAUCGUCGAAGCCAAUAACCUACUCCGCGAGAUAAAAAUGGAAGAAUUUAUGGAGCUAACAAAAAAUCUCUUGACAAAAUACCCAGAAAACAUUGAUCUCUUGCACUUACGUGCGAACGGGUAUCAAUGCCUGAAAGGUUACAGUGACGCUCUAAAUGUCUUGGAUUUUGCAUGUACACUUGCACCAUUUUGUAGUAAAGUUUUAUACGCUCGAGGAGAACUGUUGGCAAGCAUUGAUGAGCCCGAGGAGGCAAUGGUAAUGUUCCUUCGUGCCUCUGUUUUGAAACCAAACGACCCCACUUAUCGCGGUAGAUUGACUUCGUAUCUUGAGAAAUGUUUAAGAAAUAUCUGCAAUUCAAGCGAACUGUGUUCCCCCAGCUCGUCCUACAACGCUGAUCAUGAAGCUCCCACUAAAAGAGUAUUAAAAGGUUUGCCUGUAAAAUCCGAGCCAAAUUUCGACGAAUCUACCACGACGGCGCAUAGAAAUGGACAUAGAAAUGUAGCAGUUACAAUUAACUCAAAUAAACAUGCUUUUAGAACCGACUCCAAUGAUCACAGAGGCGACCCAAUGCGUACAACCGACGCAACAGAGAAAACCGUCGAUACUCUGAUGGAUCAAGACCGUUCAUGUUAUAAAACACAAGAAACAGAGUCAGAGAACAUCUCACAAUGUCAGAGAGUUGGUUGUAUUCAUAGAAAUAUGAUCAUAGUCCCACCGAAAUCCAAUAUUCCAAGUGAACUAGAAUGUAAACUGUGUUUCAAUCUACUCUACGAACCUGUUACCACAUCAUGCGGCCACUCUUUAUGUCGAGCCUGUCUAAAACGUUGUCUUGAUCACAGACUUGAUUGUCCGUGUUGUCGGACGAACCUACAGAGCUAUCUGGAACAUUUCAUCAUGAAAAACGUGGGAACAUGUAAGGUGUUGGAGAGUCUAUGUCUGUUGAAGUUUAAGGACGAAUAUCAAACCAGAAGACUAGCUUACGAAAAAGAACUUUUGGAAUUCUCAAGGUAAGAUGUGCUUACUUGACCGCUUAUACUAUUUAAAAAUAUACUUUAAGAUAUAUAAUGGUAUAUUUUGGAUAUUUCAAGCAACUGAACUGAUUGGGUUUAUAAUUUGAAAUAUAUGCACGUCGUCGUAUAUUAUAUUCCCUGAUGCA